AUGGUUACAGAUGGCUCACGAGUGGUUAAAGAUGGCAAACAGAUGGUUACAGAUGGCUCACGAGUGGUUAAAGAUGGCAUACAGAUGGUUACAGAUGGCUUACAGAUGGUAGUGUUGACAGGGACGGCGCUGAGCGAGUAUGUGAGUCAGUACCAAGUGUUGCGGUAUGACUCUGCAGACGUCCACCGCAGCCACGAGCGUGUCAAGAGGUCACUCUACCACCACAAGGAGCUGACCAUUUCUUUUGCGUCGCACGGGCGAUCAUUCCACCUGCGGCUGAAGCGGGACACACAGACCAUCAGCCCCUUUGUGAAAGUGGAGGUCCCGGCUGACCUCAAGGGGCUUGACUUCAGCCACCUCUAUGAAGGGACUCUGCGAGAUGACCCUGGCUCGCGGGUCUGGGGGAGCGUCAAGAACGGGGUGUUUGAAGGUGUGAUAGCCAGUGAGCGUGACGGCACCUUCUACGUGGAGGGCGCUUACAAGUACUUCCCACGCCAUAAUUCUACUCAAGCGGGCUUCCACUCUGUUAUAUAUCAUAACGACCACGUGGAUGACCCGUACACGAGGUUGCGGGAAGGACGCACCUCGGGUUGUGGCGCGACGGAUGACGUGGCUGCCUGGAUGGACAGUGUUCAAAACUCUGCAGAUUUAGAAGAAGAAAGACAGGAAGUGGUCAAGCAAUACUUACAAACGCCGGCCCAUCUCCGUAGUCAGUACAAAUAUAAAAGAUGGUUAGACGCACACGAUGAAUAUAGAACAGUUCAAGAUGCCAGUGAAUAUCACGGCCAGUACAUCAACAUCCUAGAUGACUACCACAACAAGUACAGUGAAGAAGCCAACACACGGCGUAAGAGAGCUAUUGGGAUCGGCGUGGGAGAGGACAACAAGGGAACAUGUUCGCUCUCCAUUCAGACUGACCCUAUGUUGUGGCAUCACAUAUAUAAACAGGAGGGGCAGAACAAGGAGAAAACUAGAGAUGAGAUUACCGCCAUGAUCUCCCAGCACAUCAAGGCCAUAAACCACAUCUACGCCAAUGUCAAGUUCAAUGGAAAGUACAAACACAGGAAUAUCCGAUUUGAAGUCCAGAGAAUUAAGAUCGAUGAUGAUGCACCGUGUCAAUUAACGGGGCAAGGGGAGACCAACAAAUUUUGUAAAGCCAACGUAGAUGUGAGCAACUUCCUCAACUUACAUUCCCAAAAGAAGCACGAUGACUUCUGUCUGGCAUAUGUGUUCACUUUCAGAGACUUCACUGGAGGUACCUUAGGGCUGGCGUGGGUUGCGUCACCUUCAGGUGCGUCUGGGGGCAUUUGCGAAAAGUACAAAACUUACACAGAGAACCUGGGAGGCUUCCGUCACUCAGAAAAGCGCUCACUAAAUACUGGUAUCAUAACAUUCCUCAAUUAUAACUCCAGAGUGCCACCCAAGGUGUCUCAGCUCACUUUAGCUCAUGAGAUCGGCCACAAUUUUGGAUCACCUCACGACUUUCCAGAGACCUGCAAACCCGGGGGACUGCAGGGCAACUUCAUCAUGUUCUCGUCGGCUACGAGCGGCGACCGUCUCAACAACGACAAAUUUUCUCCGUGCUCCGUUCGCAACAUCUCCCUGGUGCUCGACGCAAUCUCCGAAAAGAGAAGAACAAAUUGUUUCACUGAAAACAAUGGUGCCUUCUGUGGUAACAAGAUUGUUGAAGAAGGGGAGGAGUGUGACUGUGGGUUUGAUGAAGAUGAAUGCAAAGAAAAAUGCUGUUAUCCUCUCAAAAUAUCCGCAGCUGACAAGUUAGCAAAUCCCUCGGCCAAAGAAUGUACUCGCAGGAACAACACAUUGUGCAGCCCAAGUGAAGGACCUUGUUGUAGUCGAAAGGACUGUACCUUUGUAAAGGGAGACAUGUGCCAUACCGCGACAGAUUGUGAGGAAUCUGCUUUUUGUGAAGGAGACAAGGCCACUUGUCCUCAGCCAGCAGCCAAGGAAGAAUAUAAGGAGUGUAACCAAGGCACAAAGGUGUGUACAAGAGGCAAGUGCACUGGAUCAAUAUGCCUUGCUAAAGGCAUGAAGGAGUGUUUCCUCACCUCUGAUCGUGUGCAUGACAAAAAAAAACUGUGUGAGAUCGCCUGCCAGGUUGGGAACGACACGGCAUCCUGCAAGUCUACGUCAGAGCUGCCGGAACUGUUUGGUGGUCGGCCUGUGUUCAUGAGGCCAGGAGCACCCUGCAAUAAUUUUCAGGGUUACUGUGAUGUCUUCCAAAAAUGCCGAGCGGUGGAUGCAGAAGGACCUUUAGCCCGCCUCAAGAACCUGCUGUUCAACCAAGACACACUAAAUAGUGUAGCGGAGUGGAUCACGCAAUACUGGUAUGGCGUGAUGCUGCUUGGGGUUACCUUUGUAGUGGUCAUGGGGAUCUUCAUCAAGUGUUGUGCGGUCCACACCCCGUCUAACAACCCUCGCAAACCUCCGGCUCGAUCUAUCACAGAGACCCUUCGCAGACCUGUCAACACCCUCAGGAGAGUUAAGCGACAUCGACAAGGACAGAAUGCCAACAGCCAAGCAGGACCCAGCCCAAGUCAACACCACCACCACCAUCACCACAACCAACCAGGACCUGGACCAGGGCCGGGACCAGGACCAGGACCGUCUCGCCACAGAGGAGCCGCCGAGAGGGAACCAGAGCGUCCUAAGCCUCCUGGAGCCAAACGGUCGAGUCGAGCCUACAGUGAUGAUCCCCCUCCACCGUACCCGGGGAACCCCAGACAUUCUGUUAGUCCCUCAAACCCUGGAAACUCCGUCACCCCAGCCAGGCCGGCCGGUCCCACCCGACAUGGCUAUGGGGAGGGUCGAGGCCACUACAACAGACCUAAAGGCGGGAGACGACACGAGAACUCUGCCGUAUAGUGUAAGCUUCAGCCCCACCGCUGGAGUAAACUUGUGAUACUAAUGCUGUAAGUGGCCAUCCUGUGGGGCUCUCCUGACUACUGCUGCUGCCUCUCACUGGGUCAGCCUUCCUCAGUGCUGCCAGUCACAGGGGCAUAACAACAUACUGUUCCCCUCGUUACCACAAAUAAAUCAAAUAACCACAUUUACUGUAAUGCAUUGAAACAUCUGUGGUACUGAUUAAAAAGACAACUAUAUUCACAUCCUGAAAUAAACUUGUCAAGAGAGUGUAAAAAAGAGAAAGAAAACUUGCAGGAAAUUAAAGUUGAAAAGCAACAGCAUUAACAGUGAGGAAGUGGUCAUAUACCAACAAACAAACUCUGCUGUUUGGUGAUGAAAUGGAGCCCUGGUACUGUAUAAUGUUGUUUUAACUCUUUGAGUAUGAGUAACUGUGUCAGGCCUUAGUGAGAAGUAAUGCUUAAAAUAUAUUUAUGAUCUGUUGAAGUGUGAAGGUGAUUGAUUGAUUGAGAAGAACGGAAGUCGCAGAGGGAUUGUCGAUAGUGAAGAAAUCUUAUUUAUCACAAGUAGUGGUCUGUUAUUACUGACUAUAUACUGAGUAUCAGCAUGAAUGAAAACUGACUUCAGUAAGUCUUCAAAUUAGUGGAUGGAUAAUUCAGUUAUGUACAAGAAGACAAGACUAGUGGUGCUUUGAAAUUUUUUGGUCAAGAAUUAUUGCAAGAAAUGUGGUUCAUGGGUUUUUCCAGUGUGGGUAAUGGUGCCAACUAUAAGGAUGGACUCUGGCUGCCUCAGGCCGCCAAUUAUCCGGUUGUUGCGCUCCUCAUGUAGUAAACACAUGUAAAGCUUUUUCAUUAUUAGUAUUUGGCUCAUGUAUGUUCAUUUAAGGUAUUGUCAUAAGAGAUCAUCCCAUUGGUAGUGAAAUGUAUCCCACACAUUAUUUUUUUUUAUUUGAUUUAUUCAUAUUUACAAGUUAAUGAAUCUUCUGAUACCAUAUGUACAUUUUGGGUACAGCAUUAUCAUAACUGUCACAGCAUAUUUGUUUGGAGUAAUAAUGGACAGUGAAGUCUGUUUUUUUAUAUCAUUCCCUUAGACCAUUGCAUUUAUUACAGAUGGCUUUAGAGUAAGAUUUUGAUGUAUGCGUAUUCUUAUUGGAGAAGGUCAUUGUGGGUACUUCAUAAAAUGUGCGAAUCUCAAAAUUACAGGCCUAAGGACCAUCCAGUCUUAGUAUUUUGGAAAUUCUUUAUAAAGUUUGUUGGAAUGUUUGGCACGCAAAGAAUGCUACAUCUUGUACUACACGGCCAGCUCUGUAUUGUACAAGCGCCGAGAUAUGGGUCUAUGUGAGAGGAGGUCAUAUUAAUCAUUUUAUACACAUGGUUGUAUGUAAUUAAAAGGUAAAACUUUAGCUCUCAGGUUGGAGAUGACAUAUUUUAUAUUCCAUGUCCUCAUUUCUUUAUUUUGAAUCUUUUUUUUUUUUUUUUCCUUAAUCACCUGGUGUGUAGUCAAACCAGAGUCCCUCCUACCCCUCACAUGUCAUGUUAGACACCACCUCAGACCAUCUUCUUGACUCCACAUCCUCCUUCUCUACAUACUUUAUAACUUUCACAAAAUCACUGACCGUACCCCACAUUGUCUUUAUACACUUUCACGGACAACCAUACGGUAUCUCAUUAUAACAUAAUUUUAUUUCCUACACAUCCCAAGUCCCAGGUCCCAGUAGGUCUUUUACCCUUCAGCCACAUACGGAUGCUCAGUGAUGCCCACCACCACUUUCCCCACAUCUCAUGCUGCCCCACAUUCACAUUUGCUACCACUGGUGAUUGCAGAAACAAGCUUGUUAUCUCAUUGCAAUCUUUCCCAUGUAUGUGUGUCGAUCUUUGCCAUGAAAGGAGGAAAAUAUCUGCCACAAAGGAGAAAGAUGUUUGCCAUAGGAGAAAAAUUUCUGCCACAAUAAAGUUAUAGAUUUCUGCCACAAUGGAGAAAGAUCUCCUACAAUAGAGGAAGAUCUCUGCCACAACAGAGGACUACCAUGAUUGCGACAAUGAUGCCUACAGACUACCUAUCUCAGCCUUGACUUUGCUCCCUCAACCCUCAAAUUGUUCAGUUAAGAAAAAACAAGAAAAAAAGGUAUAUCAUUGCACUAUGGACCUACAACAGUGCCCAUUUGCUAUUAGUUCAAGACAACACACAUUUAUGUCUAGGUUAAUUUGCUGUUGGGAGCUUAGUUGAUGCUCAGGAGGGAGUUCCUGCCUUCACCAGUAACAAAGAAGUGUGUCAAAGUGUAUGUAUGUAAGCCAGAAGGAAACAAAUUUUUUAUAUAUUCCACUAACUUGUGUUGUUAAGAAAAGAUACACUCAUGUUGACUGUGCCCUGUGUCAUGUAACAUUAAGUGAUCCCAAAGUUUUGUAAUCCAUAUUUAUCUCCAUAAUUUGUGCAACAAAAUAAAAAAAAAGUAUUAUUAGCUUUUUUGAACCAGUACAUCACAGUAUGGUUUAUCCACAUAUUUUCAUUUGUGUUAUUAAAAAAUAAAUCCAUUCUUUAAUGGAUAUUUCCUUGUUCUAUCUCCUUCAUACUUGUUGGGAGUGACUUUGUGAUUUAUGUCAGCUCCUGAUAAGUGAAGUGGAUUAAAUUGUCUUAUUUAAUCUUAUUUAGUUUAAAUUAUACUCUUCUUUUUUUUAGCUUUUUAUAGUACUGUACUUGUAUAGCAUUCCAAAGAUCCAAAGUUAUGGAGAGAACAACCAUAGCUUACAUCUUGUUAUUUUGCCACAGGUAUUUUUCUUUCUCAUUUCCCUUUGAUUUAAGCCAAUUAUCACAAUACAUAUUAUUGACUUGUAGUAUAUUUGACAUAAAAAACUGCUGUAGAAAUAUUAUUUGUGUUUAAAAAAUAAUUAGAUAAUUCUUGUGCUCAAAACAUUAAUGGGAAAACUGAGUGAACCAAAGUUGUUGAUACCAUGGAUUAUAUUUUAACUGAAUACGAGCACAUAGUUGAUGUUGCUCGUGAUUGGUGCUUUCAACGUUCCUCUCUAAUACCAUCAAUUACUGUGAGUUGACUUAUAUUGCUCAAAUGCAUUUUUUUUUAUUUAAGUAACUUUGUGUGUGAAGCAGUUUUUAUUAUUAUUAUUAUUAUUAUUAAUUAUUAUUAUUAUUAUUAUUAAUUAUUAUUAUUAUUAUUAUUAUUAUUAUUAUUAUUAUUAUUAUUAUUAUUAUUGAAGUUGACUUUAGGAAAUGGUCUACAAAUCAACUUACCCAUCUGACCCCCCCGUCCAAAUUUCGGCCAAACACCCCCUGUCCCUCGUAUUGUCCUGAAGAGCACCCAAGUGACCUUCCAAAGAUAUUAAAGACAAAUUUUAAUGCAGUAAUGUCCAUAACUAAUUGGUGAAAAUUUACAGUCCAGUAUUUUGCCGUAUUUACAAACUGAAGAUAUUAAACAAAUGAAGUAUGGUUAAAAAAAAAAUGUCAUAAAUAUCAGAUGUUGGAAAAACACAAUUCCAACCUGCAUCGGUUAUGGUACGUUGAUCAUAGGGGCUCUGUCCAGUGUUUGCAAUGUAUGAUAACAAAGAGAUUUAGCUCGACCGUUUUAUCUUGUUACCUUUACCUGCACUCCAAGUCAGAUGGUGCAUGCAAAAAUCUUCCCAAACAUAUUGGCUUUUGAGCUAUCUCUUAAUCUGAAAGUAUUUAAAGAUUUACCAAAAGUACUGAAUACACCCAUUGUAAAAAAAUUUAAGUUGAUUCACUUGACCAUAUUAGUGAAGCAAAUACCACAUGAAUAUGAUAAUGAGAAGUAAAACUUGGAAGAAAGGGUGUAAGAUUAUGUUUAUUACUUAGAAUACACUGUAUACAUAAGAGUUAUUAAAUGUAUAAGGGACAUUGUGGGCCUAAGAGAAGGAGCAGAAACACAACAGGAAGAAAAAUCUUAGAAAUGCUUAUAAAGGAAACGCUGAGAAAACAGGGCGGUGGAAAGUUGUGAUCUUUGAAGGAUAGUUUAAGUGUUAAGUGUGUGCCAGGCAGCUGUGUUAUUGUGGUCAGAGAGAAAUAAAACCAUCGGUAGGAGUAAGAGACUGCACAGGCAUGUGUCUGUCUGUCACGACUGAAUCCAACAUAUCUCUUCACUCAGUCUGAGCUUCUAAUUUAAGAUAAUAAUCUUCAGUUCAGUAGGACAAUGUAUUUUUAGUUGAAUUUUAAGAAAUAAGACUAAUCUUGUUAAUUUAUGUAAAUUUUAUAAUCUCAACCAGUUACCAAGGAUAGUUUGUUGACUUGUAAAGUUAAAUUACUGAACACUGUACAGUUGUGGUCACACAUACAGGAGGAAAUUGUAACAGUGUACAGUAUUUGUGUUGCCACAGGAAGAAAAAUUAUAUAAAAAGAUUUUAAGCUAGUUGGUUGAAAUGAAAUGGUGGAUGUACAGUAGUAUGUGUGGUGAUGCAAGUCAGGUGCUGCAUCACUAGUAAAGUUUGGAGAAAUUGUUUACCAACUAUAGUGGAAAUAGUAUUGAUGGAGAGUACAGUAGUUCAGUGUUACCAUAACAUUUACUUCAAUUAACUUGCACAUGUUUAAGUUUUCAGCUUUUAAAUAAUGUAUUGUAUAAUAAAUUUCACUUGUAGAUGAAAAUGAGGUUAAAUUUUGUUGAUAUGAAAUUCUUAUUCAGAAGUUUUAUAAUCACGCAUCAUGACAAGCACUACAAUGUAUGAUUUAAAUCAAACUCUAAUUGAAGGAUGGUCUUUGUAAUAAACUAAAUCAUGUAAAAAGCAAAGUAACAAUCGUGAAACUCUUGAACAAAAUAAAGUAAAUGCGUGUAUGAGCAAACUUUGGGUACAGCCCCUAAAUAGAUUCCUCGCAGCACACUUGAAAGGUUUGUGGUGUUAGGUAAUUAUUGGGCAUUAAAGUUGGACAAUCCAUCGCUGACUUAACAGGACAAACUCAGAACAAUAAUUCUUGCCUUUGUAAAUUGUUCUGCUCUGAGAAGAAAUUGUGAGAUGUGAACAAGAACAUUACAUGCUCAUUAUUCCUUAUUGCCAGUUUGAUGUUCUGACCCUGAGCCUAACACAAUCCCUGAUGUUUACAUGAUACAUUUGGGCAUAACGUAGGUUUAAUAUGUUUCCAUAUGAUAUGUAGUUUGAUCAUUGUUACUGUCGGUACACACUUGAUAUUAACAUGAGUGAAAUCAUUUCUUUGACUCAGUGUUUUAUGAUCACUCCAUAUGUUUAAUAAAUAAAUGAUGUGUGCUUUUUGCA